AUGGAUCUGCGCACGGCCGUGUACAACGCGGCGCGCGAUGGCAAACUGCAGCUGCUGCAGAAGCUGCUAAGCGGCCGCAGCCGGGAAGAGCUGGACGAGCUGACCGGCGAGCCGGUGGCCGGGGCGGCUGGGGGCCCGGCCGCCGGGGGCACGCCGCUGCUCAUCGCUGCCCGCUACGGCCACCUGGAUGUGGUGGAAUACCUGGUGGACCGCUGCGGCGCCAGCGUGGAGGCGGGCGGCUCGGUGCACUUCGACGGCGAGACCAUCGAGGGCGCGCCGCCGCUGUGGGCCGCCUCGGCUGCCGGGCACCUGGGCGUGGUGCAGAGCCUGCUGCGGCGCGGCGCUUCGGUGAACCGCACCACGCGCACCAACUCCACACCGCUGCGCGCAGCCUGCUUUGACGGGCACCUGGACGUGGUGCGCUACCUGGUGGGCGAGCACCAGGCCGACCUGGAGGUGGCCAACAGGCACGGGCAUACGUGCCUCAUGAUCUCCUGCUACAAGGGCCACUGCGAGAUCGCGCGCUACCUGCUGGAGCAGGGCGCGCAGGUGAACCGGCGCAGCGCCAAGGGCAACACGGCCCUGCACGACUGUGCCGAGUCCGGAAGCCUGGAAAUCCUGCAGCUGCUUCUGGGCUGCAAGGCGCGCAUGGAGCGGGAUGGCUACGGCAUGACCCCGCUGCUGGCCGCCAGCGUCACCGGCCACACCAACAUCGUGGAAUACCUCAUCCAGGAGCAGCCGACCCCCGAGCUCCAAGUGCAACCAAAGCUUCAGCAGCAGCAGCAUGAGGAGGAAGCCGCCGUGCCCAGCACCAGCCGGGGGGCAGAGGACGCCCAAUCCCCAGAGCCCUAUGAGAGCUGCUGCCCCACUAGCCGAGAAGCCGCUGUGGAAGCCUUGGAGUUACUGGGGGCCACAUUCGUGGACAAAAAGAGGGAUCUACUGGGCGCUCUCAAGUAUUGGAGGAGGGCCAUGGAGCUACGGCACCAGGGUGGGGAGUAUCUGCCCAAACCCGAGCCUCAACAGCUAGUCCUGGCCUAUGAUUAUUCCAAGGAAGUGAAUACCUCGGAAGAACUGGAAGCCCUCAUUACCGACCCUGAUGAGAUGAGGAUGCAGGCUUUGUUGAUCCGGGAGCGCAUCCUGGGACCCUCACAUCCAGACACUUCCUACUACAUUCGCUACAGAGGGGCAGUGUAUGCAGACUCGGGCAACUUUGAAAGGUGCAUCCACUUGUGGAAGUACGCCCUCGACAUGCAACAGAGCAACCUGGAACCCCUGAGCCCCAUGACAGCUAGCAGCUUCCUCUCUUUUGCAGAACUCUUCUCCUAUGUGCUGCAGGACCGAACCACCAAGGGCAGCCUGGGUACCCAGAUUGGCUUCGCUGACCUCAUGGGUGUGCUCAGUAAAGGAGUUCGAGAAGUAGAGAGGGCCCUGCAGCACCCCAAAGACCCUGGUGACUCUUCACAGUUCACCAAAGCCCUAGCUAUCAUUCUCCACCUAAUCUACCUUCUAGAAAAAGUGGAGUGUACCCCAGAACAAGAACACCUCAAACGGCAGACUGUCUACAGGCUUCUCAAAUGCAGUCCACGGGGCAAGAAUGGUUUCACCCCUUUGCAUAUGGCUGUGGACAAGGACACAACUGCUGUGGGCCGCUACCCAGUGGGCAAGUUCCCUUCUCUGCAUGUGGUGAAUGUGUUAUUAGAAUGUGGGGCCGAUCCAGACAGCAGGGACUUUGACAACAACACCCCAUUGCACAUAGCUGCCCAAAACAACUGCCCCCUGAUCAUGAGUGCCCUGAUGGAGGCUGGUGCCCACAUGGAUGCGACUAAUGCCUUCAAGAAAACUGCCUACGAGCUGCUGGAUGAAAAGCUGCUCAGCAAGAGUACCAUGCAGCCCUUCAACUACAUUACCCUCCAGUGCCUUGCAGCCCGUGCCCUAGACAAGCACAAGGUCCCGUACAAGGGUUUCAUCCCCGAAGAGCUGGAGGCUUUCAUUGAACUGCACUGAAAUGGGGUGGAAGGGGGAGUGGGGUACCCCUCACCAUCCCUCCUUGCUCAGUCAUCCUCAGAGGAGAGGGAGCUACCAGGGCUUUGUAGCACCUUAUAUUUCCCACCUUCCCAGAUGGUGUGGGAUGGCUUCUGGUAAAAUGUGCCACAGGGGCAGGGUCUAGAGCUUCCAUAUUCCCCAUUGACUUCUCCUUUGAGUGAAAAAUCUAGAGUUGGUACACCAUAAAGGCCUUCAGGGAAGUGCACCAGGAGAGCUACCUUCCCUCAAUCAAUUCACUUAUUGUUUGAAGGGAGAAAGAUGUGCAAGUUCUUUUGUGAUUUCUGUCUUUUCCUGUCCUCCCAUGUAUAAGGAGGCUUUCAUUGGCCUUACCCUAGGGGCAAAGAGAUGGAAGCCAUUGCCUUCCUCACCUAUUGGAAUGGGAGAUAGAAGCAGAAGGUGGUGUACUCCGCUCUUUCCCCUUGGAUGCCCGAUGAACUCAGCUGUCAGAGCUCUUGAGUAGCCAUCCCCUGACUGAUGGGUCACAGCAGCGCAAUUUUGCAAUUCAAGACGCAAGGCAGUUUCUCUCUUCCAGUUUGUCCCCAACGACUCUGUGUUGUCCUAGUUACCAUGGAGUGGGAGUCAGCUGGAGCCCAGUAGAACUGGCCACCACGUAACACAGCUUUCAGUUGGUUUGGUUUUUAUUUUUCUGGUGGCCAGGUCACAAGUGUUGUGCAGAAGUCCUAAGAUUUUGCUGCCUGUUUGUGAAGCUGGAUUUCUGUGCUUCCUCCUACCCCCACUGACAGAUCCCUUUAGUUUAAAGCAGUAUUUGUUUUGCAGUCCCUGGAACAGGCAAUGCAGGCCAAAAUGGUAUGUGAAGACUUGUGUGUUUUUUACAUUUGAGAUGGAAGUUUGUGGCUUCAGUCCAUAGAGCUCUAUAGACAGUUCCAUUUUUAAAACCUCAUUCUACCCUUUGCACAUGGGCCUCCCAAUUUCUCCACUUUCAGUAAGAGAGGCCCUAACUCUUGCUUAGAAACCAUGAACCAGCACCAUUUCAAGGAGCUGUGCUCAACACCAGUUCUCUGAUACAGAAAUAGCUGCCAAAGCUUCAUUUCCACGUUAAAGCCAGAGAAAGUUUCCUACACAGUGUCACAGUCUUCAUGUCCAUUUUGUCAUUUAAUUGAUAGACUCCAUGAGUUGGGGGCUGCAAUUGUGUUUAAAGCCAUCUUCCAGAGCUGAUUCUGCAAGCAAGGUCCCAUGUAGGGCAAUAGUUUCAUAAAGUAAAUGCAGUUAGAAUGUGGAUAUUAAGUCAUCAGUGACAGGCUUUAAACUCGAGUUUGCAGAAAGCUCUGUUUCCCGUAGCCCAGUGUUAAGUGCUGGCCAAGAGCAGGUUGUCUUGGAAAAUGUGCUGUGAUGGGUUUUUUUUUUCCUCAGGAGAAAUGACUGAUUACAGAUGCUUUGGCAGGCAGCAAGGAGAUUUUUGGCCUGUCCAGAGUGAAAGUCUAGUGGAAAAGGUUAAACAGCUGUCCCCCAUCAUUUUUGGAGAAAGGUCAGGCUCAGGAGAAUCAAGUUUUGACACUAAUCCACUGUACUGCUUAUGCUAAAAAUUGCCAUUAGAUUAGUGUUUGCAGGCAACCAAAGACCAGGAUGCUGAUAAUCUGAUGCCCUGCCCGUUUAAGGAAACCAGGUCUGUCAUUUAGUUUUGCAGUGAUAAACUAUAAAUUGAUUUAUUUAUAAGACAGCUUAACUUCUAUCAAGGUGGAAAAUGCAGUUAAUGUUCUCACUGGAAUGCAGAAUAAACUAAAAAAAAUAAGCUUGUUUAAUGUGUGAGCCUAAGCUCCUAUAUUUAAGUAAUUAAAAAGAAAAGGCAGUAGACUGACUUGCCUGGGAAUUCCUUGGUGAUUGCUGGUUUGUGUGGCAAGGGGGGCUGUUGGGGUAUGCGAGUGGGUUGGAUAGGGGAGGAGGCCUCUGCCCGUUCUAGCUCAGCCUUGGAUUCCAGGACUAUAAGACCCCUCCUGGACUCCGAGGUGGUACGUACUAUAUAAUAACUGGACAGGAGGUCUGGUUAUGAAAAGAUUUCUUUUGUCCACUUGGAAUUUCUUUGUAAUCCAUUGGCUAAUGUAGUCUUAAGGCUUUGAAGAACCUCAGAAAGUUAGCAGACUUAACCCAACCCUCCCCCACCACACACACACUUUGGGUAAAAUUGUCCAGCAAAUUAGCACAUGCUCCAACUUUUAAACCACGGGCUGAAGCAAGAUAGGAAGGUUAGCUCCAAUCAAAAACAACUUAGGGAAGUGUUUGUCCGGGCUUCUGAAAGGGAUGGGCAUAAUAUCUUUGGACUACUGAAUUUAACGUACUGGAUCUACAAUUCUUCGAUGUUGACUUCUGUCCCAAAAGAAAAGGCAUCUGGCAUGUGUAUGGAUCUCAGGGGAAAAAAACGUCCUUUUUGAUGAACUCUAAAGUGAAGCCUGUCUAAUGACUAUUCCAGGAACACUGUCUUUCUGGAAAGGAUGCAAGCUGGGGGACAAAGUAAACACUUUCCCCACUUCAUGCCUUUUCACCAGCUUAAGUUGCAGCCUUAAACCUGUUGAUUUAUCCUAUUUUUGAAUAGAUUGAUGCAGUAGAUUUUUUUUAAUAAAUUAGCCCUUCUGCAAGUUUGAUUUAAUUCCAAAAAUCAGAUCCUAGCCCCUCUAUAGUCACUAAUGUCCACAACCCUUCUCACUGUGAUAAGAAGCCAUAAGAUGGUGAGGAUACAUGGCCCAGUACCCAGAUAUUAAGAUGGGGUUCUGCUGUAGCACUUAGCACUAUGAGUGUAACUGAGCCAACACUGCUACUGUGUAAAUUCCAUGCUGCCAUAUAUGUCCUGUUCCUUGAAAGAAUAUACAGUAGUAACCUAAUGUAUACCACUUUGACUACAAAAGAAAAAAAGAGGUUGCUUA